AGAGCUUUCAUGGGAGUCUGAAGCCGCCAGCAGUUACCUCCUGCUCUCUCAACCUCAGCCCAUGCCCUGGGUUCCAGCAAUGAAUGCCCAUUCCAAGGAGAUGGUACCCCUCAUGGGCAGAAGAGCCACUGCACCCUGUGGGAACCCUGUUGUGCUGACAGAGAAGAGGCCAGCAGAUCUCACCCCCACCAAGAAGAGUGCACACUUCUUCCUGGAGAUAGAAGGCUUUGAGCCCAACCCUACAGUCACCAAGACGUCUCCUCCCAUCUUUUCCAAGCCAAUGGACUCCAACAUCCGGCAGUGCCUCUCUGGCAACUGUGAUGACAUGGACUCCCCUCAGUCUCCUCAGGAUGAUGCGACAGAGACCCCAUCCAAUCCCAACAGUCCAAGUGCAAACCUGGCCAAGGAAGAGCAGAGGCAGAAGAAGAAGCGGCUGAAGAAGCGCAUCUUUGCCGCUGUGUCUGAGGGCUGCGUGGGAGAGCUGCGGGAACUCCUGCAAGAGCUGCAGGAUCUCUGCAGACGCCGCCGGGGCCUGGAUGUGCCCGACUUCCUCAUGCACAAGCUGACAGCCUCAGACACCGGGAAGACCUGUCUGAUGAAAGCUUUGCUCAACAUCAAUCCCAACACCAAAGAGAUCGUGCGGCUUCUGCUCACCUUCGCAGAGGAGAAUGACAUCCUGGACAGGUUCAUCAAUGCCGAGUACACAGAAGAGGCUUAUGAAGGACAGACGGCACUGAACAUCGCCAUCGAGCGGCGCCAGGGGGACAUCACGGCAGUGCUCAUAGCAGCAGGCGCUGACGUCAACGCGCACGCCAAGGGGGUCUUCUUCAACCCCAAAUACCAGCACGAAGGCUUCUAUUUUGGUGAGACGCCCCUGGCCUUGGCAGCAUGCACCAACCAGCCCGAGAUUGUGCAGCUGCUGAUGGAGAACGCGCAGACUGACAUCAGCUCCCAGGACUCCCGGGGAAACAACAUCCUGCACGCGCUGGUGACGGUGGCCGAAGACUUCAAGACGCAGAAUGACUUUGUUAAGCGCAUGUAUGACAUGAUCCUGCUGAGGAGUGGCAACUGGGCGCUGGAGACCGUGCGCAACAAUGACGGCCUCACACCACUGCAGCUGGCUGCUAAGAUGGGCAAGGCUGAGAUUCUGAAGUAUAUUCUCAGUCGUGAGAUCAAGGAGAAGCCUCUCCGGAGCCUGUCCAGGAAGUUCACGGACUGGGCGUAUGGGCCUGUGUCGUCCUCGCUCUAUGACCUCACCAACGUAGACACCACGACAGAUAACUCCGUGCUGGAAAUCAUCGUCUACAACACCAACAUUGAUAACCGGCAUGAGAUGCUGACCCUGGAGCCUCUGCACACACUGCUGCAUAUGAAAUGGAAGAAGUUUGCCAAGUACAUGUUCUUCCUGUCCUUCUGUUUUUAUUUCUUCUACAACAUCACCCUGACACUUGUCUCUUACUACCGUCCUCGGGAGGAUGAGGCCCUCCCACACCCCUUGGCCCUGACACACAAGAUGAGUUGGCUGCAACUCCUAGGGAGAAUGUUUGUUCUCAUCUGGGCCAUGUGUAUCUCUGUGAAAGAGGGCAUUGCCAUUUUCCUGCUGAGACCCUCUGACCUGCAGUCCAUCCUGUCGGAUGCCUGGUUUCAUUUUGUCUUUUUUGUCCAAGCUGUGCUUGUGAUACUGUCUGUCUUCUUGUACUUGUUUGCCUACAAAGAAUACCUCGCCUGCCUCGUGCUGGCCAUGGCCCUGGGCUGGGCGAACAUGCUCUACUACACGAGAGGCUUCCAGUCCAUGGGCAUGUACAGCGUCAUGAUCCAGAAGGUCAUUUUGCAUGAUGUUCUGAAAUUCUUGUUUGUUUACAUCCUGUUCUUACUUGGAUUUGGAGUAGCGCUGGCCUCGCUGAUCGAGAAGUGCUCCGAGGACAACAAGGACUGCAGCUCCUACGGCAGCUUCAGCGAGGCAGUGCUGGAGCUCUUCAAGCUCACCAUAGGCCUGGGCGACCUGAACAUUCAGCAGAACUCCACCUACCCCAUCCUCUUCCUCUUCCUCCUCAUCACCUACGUCAUCCUCACCUUUGUCCUCCUCCUCAACAUGCUCAUCGCCCUGAUGGGGGAGACGGUGGAGAAUGUCUCCAAAGAAAGUGAACGGAUCUGGCGCCUGCAGAGAGCCAGGACCAUCUUGGAGUUUGAGAAAAUGUUACCGGAAUGGCUGAGAAGCAGGUUCCGCAUGGGCGAGCUGUGCAAAGUAGCAGACGAGGACUUCCGGCUGUGUCUGCGGAUCAAUGAGGUGAAGUGGACUGAAUGGAAAACACACGUGUCCUUCCUUAACGAAGAUCCCGGACCCAUAAGACGAACAGCAGAUGUGAACAAAAUCCAAGAUUCUUCCAGGAGCAACAGCAAAACCACCCUCUACGCAUUUGAUGAAUUAGAUGAGUUUCCAGAAACGUCAGUGUAGAAGCGCGGCUUACAGCUGAUGUGAGCACCAUGGUCUGACGCUGCGGGCUGAGUCCUGGGGCUGAGGUGCUGCACAGGGUGCUGAAUUAGAAGCAAAAUGCUCCUCUAUCAACUGAUGGCUGCUGCAGGGCAGCGUUCAGGGUGCAAAAGAAAGCGUCUUGGGUUUUGUGACUUGAGAGAGGUCAGUACCAAUCCAU